AUGAUGGCAAUCGAUGCUUCCUAUUUCUCUUAUUCCCCAUCCUUGAGUUGUAUAAAUGGUUCGUUAUUUCCAUUACUGUUUGACUGCAUGGAUGAUCCUGAAAGUGCUAUCAUUAUACUGUUUUGUCCAUGUGUGUCAUUCGGACAACUUGCAGCAACCAUCGACAAUGGUGGAACUUCUUGCGAAAUGAGUGGCUUGAUUUACACAGUAGUGGCGUUGAUUAUUGGGAUGCCAUGUAUUGUUUCAUGCAAUUAUCGAACCAAAGUAAGAGGUCGUUUCAGACUCAUGGAAGAGCCUGCAUCUGAGUGCCUAACUCACUUGUGUUGUGAGUAUUGUGCACUUUGUCAAGAAUACAUGGAGCUCAAUCAUAGAGGUUUCAAUCCUUCGGCUGAUAAGUCUAUUGUGGUCUAG